UGGCACAGAGAGAGAGGGAGAGAGAAAAUGAGAGAGAAUGAGAGGGAGAAGAUAAGGCAAAACGUUGCAUUCGAGAGGAAUAUCGAAAGUACAUUGACCGAUUCAUCGAAAGAUAGAAUGGAUCACCAUCAUCACCAUUUCUUUAAGGCUGCACAACAUAUCACUUCUUCAAGGAGAUCCUGUUUUAUUUACCAAAGAAGCAUCUUCUGGAAAGUGGAUCUAUCCUUAAAUAGUACGUCACUUAAAUGGCUCGGGGAGUAUCGUAUAUUACAUCCCUACUCCCGACAGGGAUCGGGGCCCCGCAGCAUUGGCAAGAGGAACGCAGUGGCAGAGUGCCGGAGUGUCGGAGUGCCGCACGAAUAUCAGGCCGUUGCGGAGGCUGCUCCAGCGGCCUGGCAAGUGGCAAGUGGCAGUUGAUCCGCGGCAUUCGCUACGGUUGGUCACGGCUGGUCACGCUUCGCGCGGUCAUCCGAAUCCGGAGAGGAAUUAUCCUUCCCUCGGCCCGUCCUCCAUCCUGUUCUUCGUUCCGAAAUUCAUCGAGACAAAACUCGGCGCGGGUCAUCGAUCGGAAAACUGAUGAGUCUCGCGGUACGCACCAUUCGAAUAAAAAAGACAGAUGAACGGGAAUGCGUUGUGUAUGCGGGGAACAUAGGAAUGUAGCGGGUGUAUGUGUGUAGAGUGUGUUGCGCGCGUGUUGGCGGCGUGUUUUUUCAGGCACAAGUUCCUCCGUUCCUUCAUCAUUUUCUGAGAAACGCAUCGAGAGGACUGGAGAGAACACACGAUGGUGUUCCUGACGAUACGAGCCACCGUGUUCCUGUUGCUCGUCGUCGAUCUCGAUGCCGCGGCGGCUAAUACCGUCACGUCGGCUAAGGAGGAGUGCAGGAGAAGGAUAGCUGAAUGCACGAUGAACGGUGGUGGAAGCACACCGGUGUGCGGAAGUGACGGAGUGACGUAUUCCAAUCAGUGUCAAGUCAUUUCUAAACAAUGUCAAGGCGUGUCCGUUCUCAUCAAACACACCGGUCCUUGUCCAGAGACACCGGCGUGCUUCUCAGCAAGACUGACCGCACGACUGGGCAUAAGGCCCAUCUGCCAACCCGACGGAACGUACGCGCCGGUUCAGUGUCACGCUGAGACCGAGUAUUGUUGGUGCGUAACGCCGCAAGGCCGGCCGUUGCCCGAUACAACGGUAAGAUACAAAAAACCGAAGUGUUUGAGAGCCGGUUCCAGAUCUGCUGCUUCUACUAGGAGCGGCCAGAGGCGACGCUCGCCGACUAGGAAACAGCGCAGGCAGUACGUCAGUAAUAGGCAUCGAAAUACCUGCGAUCGUACCGAGAAGUCCAAAUUCAACGGGAACCUCAUCGAGAACUUCAAAAUUGAAUACAGGCGGACCAAUAUAUCCGCUGACGACGAUAAGAAUGUCGAACGGGUGUUGUCGUGGAAAUUCCUUAUGCUGGACCAGAAUGCGGACGGUUACUUAGAUAAGGCAGAGUACAAGGAGCUGAGGAGACUCGCCAAGAAGGCGGUGAGACCGAAGAAGUGCGCACGCACGUUUGCCCGCACGUGCGACCUAAAUCGGGAUUUAAAACUAUCCAGGCAGGAAUGGGGUGCUUGUCUCGCCAAUGAUUUCACUCUACGUUUGUUCUUGUCGCUGAACCCCGCAGACCAGCGUUCCGAGGUCCCUGAGACCCAAAGGACACGGGCCAAGGACCGAGGUGAGUCCCAGUCCCCUUCGCAUGUGGCGUCGAAAGCGCUGUACGCACUUCUUUCUCCCCGGAGAAACUUAUUUUUAACGAUGCAAUCCUGCGAGGAGGAUCGCACGCCGAAUUGUAAUCCAGUCCCGACACCCAAUAGACCUAUGAAAGGAUGUCCAGAGCCAAAAAAACAACAAUUCCUUCGGGACCUAAUGGAUCUCAUGCAAGAGAAAAUGGAAGCCUCCAACAACGAUUCUAACGAAACUACUGUUAAAUGGCCGGUUCCUAAAGAGGAAAAAAUAGCCACGUGGCACUUUGUGAUGCUUGACACGAAUAAAAAUAAGGUUUUAGAAAAAAAAGAGUGGAAAAGUUUUCGCACAAUGGUAGCGAAUAAUAGACAACUCCGGAGAUGUGGCAAAAAAUUACCGAGAUAUUGUGACAUCAACAAUGAUAGAAGAAUCAGUAUGACAGAAUGGCUCAGCUGUCUCAAUGCUCAGCGUCCGACAGCAGCUGACGAUCGGGAGAAAACAUUAACUACGCCGAAAAGAAUAGGCCCAAACCCACUAGACCAGUUUCUCAACGAUGAUGACUAACACAUUAUGUGAUACAUUGUAUUUGCGAUCCCAUAAAGAGGCACUCAUUUUUUAAAUUAUUAUUAAGCUCUAAAACAGCUGGAAUUCUUGAAAUCACUGUAAGCAUUUUUCUCAAUGUAAUAAUACUUCUCUGGCAUUUUAUUAGGUUUAAAUUUUAACGAUAAGCGUAAAUUCUUAUAGUUAAAAUUCUCUGACUUUUUUUGCAAUUUUUAAGCGUAAUUUUUUAUCUGAUUGUUUAUUCUCUCUUUGUCUAUUUCUGAAAAUUGGUAAUUAUCAACAUCAUUGUGCAAUCGUCAGUAUGUGUGUACUCUUGUGUAUGACCUAGUCCAUAAAUAAUCCUCUAAAUAAUUAAGCUACCUUAUACUGGAAACAAAUUCAAUUUAGAAAAAAGAUUUUCAAUAAAGUAAUUUUUAUAGCA